UAGAUAAUUAUCUUAAAAUAUACAAACAAUUGUGGAAAUCAGUAAAAAAUUUUACCUUGAAAAUAUGCUCUGCAACUGUGAAGAUUAUUUUCGUGAAGAUGGCAAUACCUUUUUGCUUUCGGUUGUCAUUGACGCUAGCUAAUGUUGACAAGCGGUUAUUAAUUUAGAUGGAUAAUAAAAUUAAUUAAUUAACUAAACAAUAGAAUGAAGCCGAGAAAAAAGACUUUAGACAUAGAUGAAUGCCAAAUUUCUAAAGGAAAAUGUAUACAGCAAAGCACAAGGUAUACUGGUUCGCAAUAGCAUCACGCAGCCUCAUUCUCCUACUGCAAAUGGUCUUCAACUUGCUCUGCCCAGACCACAAUGCUGACGCGUUCCGGACUCCCAUAGAUUCGACUGAGAAACAAUACUUUUUCGACAGACUCGUAAAAUUCUUCUUUGAAGGUUUGACUCGAUGGGAUGCCCAAUAUUUUAUUCACAUAGCCAAGUAUGGCUACACUUACGAGAACACGCUGGCGUUCUUUCCACUAUACCCAUGGCUCGUCAGAUUCGUUGCAGGGCUUGCACCACCGACCCUCAACCAAAGCAGUACUAUCAUACUAGCCGGCAUCGUGAUAAACUUUGUGUGCUUCGUUAAAUUAGCCCUCAUCCUCUAUGAUCUCACUGAUAAUGUGUUUCAGAACACCAAGGUAGCCUACCGCUCCGCCAUACUGUUCUGCAUCAAUCCGGCCAGUGUGUUCUUUAGCGCACUUUAUACAGAAACUUUAUUCGCCUUCCUCACCUUUUACUGCAUGCUCGAGAGUGUCAACAAUAAUCCAUGUGUCUUUUUGCCACUCAGUCUUUCUACGCUAGUCAGAUCCAAUGGGCUGGUCAAUACUGGCUUUCCUGCCUACACAUGGCUGAGAAGUCUUUUAGUCACCUCAAUACCAAAUUAUGUAACAGAAUAUCGGUUGUACCAUUCGAACAAGCGAUCUGUACUCUUCGACUUUCGACACAUCUUUCUCAGUAUAUUUCAAAUCUUCACGACCAUUUUCGUGUCCUUAUUGCCAUUUUUGGGGUUGCAGAUACACUAUUAUGCGCUGUAUUGCAAGACAGAAGCGAACGCAACGUUUCCAUAUCACGUACAGAAGUACGCUUUGGAUAACGAUCUCUUAAUGCCAGGCCGGCAUGAGUUUGCGUGGUGCAACAACAAGAUGCCGAUAGCUUACUCUUACGUACAGAGCAAAUAUUGGAACGUAGGUUUUCUAAAGUAUUACGAGUUUAAGCAGAUACCAAAUUUCUGUCUAGCUCUGCCAGCACUGUACUUAAUGUUAAGAUGUAUACUAGGCUUUUUUAUAGAGCACAAAUCAAAAUUUUUCACUCUUGAGUUUUAUACUGGUAUAGCCAAAAAACGAAAAUCCAACGAAAGGUAUCCGCUGGCGAUGUUCGUUUUUGUAGUGCACGCAGCAUUUCUCACUCUAUUCUGCAUCUUAUUUGUGCACAUCCAAGUGAGUACAAGGCUGUUGUGCUCAGCUACUCCUCUGCUGUACUGGUAUUGUGCCUUGUUAACUCUAGAGAAGGAUGAAGCGUCGAAGGGUAUCAAGGAACCGGAGUUUGAAAGUACAGAGAAUAUGUUUUCAAAAUGGAAAGUAUUCUUCAUAACACAACAGUCUUACACAAAAAGUGAAAAAUUUGUCUAUAGGUACUUCUUGGGGUAUACUGUUCUUGGAUGCCUUAUGUUUGCAAAUUUUUAUCCCUGGACUUGAGUGCACAAUAUUUUAUUGAUAUUUUCUGAUCAAGAAACGCACGAAUUUUUGUACUUCAAAAUAGCUACAAUAAAAAGAUAUUUAAAAAACCAAUUGAUAGUUGUUACUUAACUUUUGUAAAUUAAUUGAUUAUUGAUUUUUCU